AUGCCCUCCGGGCCAGCCAUGCUGCUGGGUAGCUUUCUUCUCAUGGUGGCCACCACAACUGUGGCCCAGCCAAGGGGCCAGAAGGUGAGCAGGUCCCGCUGGAUACAUAGAAUCCAGCAAGGCCAGUGCAGUUAUACCUUCGUGCUGCCUGAGCCCUGCCUACCAGAGCCUGAGCCCUUCGGGAGUUCCAACAGCCUCCCAGGGGACUCGCCGGCUGACCCACCGCCCCUGGGGGACUGGCGGAGCCAACGGGUACGGCAACUGGAGAAGGUGCUGGAGAACAACACGCUUUGGCUGCAGAAGCUUGAGAGGUACAUCCAGAUGAACUUGAAGCCGGAGCUAACACAGGCUCAGCAACACAUGGUCCAGAACCAAACUGCCACCGUGCUUGAGCUGGGCUCCAACCUUUUGAACCAGACCACCACCCAGGCCCACAAGCUGACCAAUGUGGAGGCUCAGGUCCUGAACCAGACGUCUCGCAUGAAGGCCCAGCUGCUGGAGGCCUCACUGUCCACAAACAAGCUGGAGAAGCAAUUGCUGUUGCAGGGCAUUGAGCUCCACCAGCUGCAAACCCGAAACAGCGCGCUGGAGACACGGGUGUUGACCCUGGAGACUCAACAACAGGCCGAGCUGGACGACAUCCGCGAUGAGAAGGAGCGGCUACAGCACCUACUAGGCCGCCAGAGUGGCGCCCUCGCGGGCCUGGAGCGCAGCCUGCGCGCCGCCAGCAGCAACUCCAGCCUCCUGCAGCGCCAACAGCGCCAGCUGCUGGAGUCGGUGCAACGCCUGGUGCAGGUCGUUGCCCAGGGCCCCGCAUCUGCCAUAAAGGCAGCAGAGCAGAUGUUCCAGGACUGUGCAGAGAUCCAGCGCUCCGGGGCCAAUGCCAGUGGUACCUACACCAUCCAUGUAGCCAAUGUGACAAAGCCCAGGAAGGUAUUCUGUGACUUGGAAACCAGUGGAGGUGGGUGGACUCUCAUCCAACGCCGUGAGAAUGGCAGUGUAAAUUUCCAGCGGAACUGGAAGGACUACAAACAGGGCUUCGGCGACCCGGCUGGGGAGUACUGGCUGGGCAAUGAGUUGGUACACCAGCUCACCAGCCGGGCAACCUACUCUCUGCGUGUGGAGCUGCGAGACUGGGAAGGCAAUGAGGUCUACGCCCAGUACGAGCAUUUUCAGCUGGGCAGCGAGGGGCAGCUGUACAGGCUUUCCCUGAGUGGUUACAGUGGCUCAGCAGGACGCCAGAGCAGCCUGGUCCUGCAGGGCACCAACUUCAGCACCGCCGAUGCAGACAAUGACAACUGCCAUUGCAAGUGUGCCCAGAUGCUCUCCGGAGGGUGGUGGUUUGAUGCCUGUGGCCUCUCGAACCUCAAUGGAAACUACUACUCACUCCACCAACACAUGCGCAAGCUCAACGGUAUCCGCUGGCACUACUUCAAGGGUCCCAGUUACUCCCUGCGAGCCACGCGCAUGAUGAUUCGGCCUGUGGACCUCUAG